ACCCAUUGUACCUGCCUGCGUUUUUACCUGUUUGUGUUUGUUUCCUGCCCGUAUUAUACCUCCCUGUUUUGUUUGACCUGCCCAUCGGGGGGGGGGAGUAACCCCCAGUCCCCGGGGGCGGGCGGUCCGGAGGGCCGGGUCGGCCCCCCCGGGCGGCCGACCUCCACGAUCAGGGGACCCUGCCCUUUGAGGGGCCCGGGGAUUUCCCGGGGGCCGCCCCCGGGGCCCCCGUCCCCUCCGCUGCCCAGCCGGGGUUUCCCACGCUGGGUCUGGUUCCUGUCCCCGCCCAGCCCCCAGGCGGGGGGCCUCGGGCCCGCCCCCCCAAGCCCGAGGGCCUUCACGGCCCGCUCUGCCCAGUCCAGGGACCUCACGGCCUCUCUCCCCAGGCCCGGGGGGCCUUCACGGCCUGCUCUGCCCCCGGGCCCGAGGCCUCACGGCCUGCCUGCCUCGUCCCGGGCGGCCUUCCCGGGCCCGCUCGCCCCAAGUCCCGAGGGGUCCGGCCUGCUCUGCCCCAAUCCCGGAGGGCCUUUACGGCCUGCUCUGCCUCAAAUCCCGAGGCCUCAGGCCGCCUGCCCAAGUCCCGGAGCCCCCAGGGGCCGUCGCCUCAACCCCCGGGGGGGCCUUUCCCGUCGCCUCAGCCCCCGGGGGCCUUCCCCGUCCCCUAAAACCCCGGGGGGGGCCCUUCCCCUGCCGCCCAACCCGGGGGGCCCAACCCCCCUGACCCCGAGGGCCCCCAGAGCCCCGGGGCCCGGAGGGCCCCAAGGGCCCCGGAGAGGCCCCCAACCGCCCGAGCCCCGGGGAAGGGCCCCCAAGCCUCAGCCCCCGGGGAGCCCCCAGAGCCCCCUCAGCCCCGGAGGGCCCCCCCGACCCCCAGCCCCCGGGAAAGGGCCCCCCAACCCCUCAGCCCCGGAGAGGGCCCCCCAAACCCCCUCAGCCCCGGAGAGGCCCCCAGAGCCGCCUUCCGAGCCCUUUUCCCCGUCCGAGCCCAGUCCCGAGUCCUGGGCCCGGCCCCAGUCCUGA